AUGAGCAAGCUCGAUAGUUUGGUUAUCCCAAACUAUUUCGCUCAGCGCAAUCAGGGCAAAACCUCUUUGCUACGUGGUCCAUUGCCAAAGGUCCUCCCGGCUUUCGAUCUCUCUGCCGCCAACGAGCUCUACAAACAGACCCAUCGUGCCGAUGCCUUCCAAGACGCCGAAGCGAGCUAUAUCAUACCCGAACAAGCCGAACAGACACUCCGCCGACGAUUCUUCCCUGAGCCCCAAGGUUACUUCGAAUUAUCUGCGGACGCUUGCGAAGAUGGUGCCUGUGAGCUAGAUAGCGGUGGCUAG